UACAGAAGGUGGAAAUCAGAGGUUGAAGUUAAAUGCUUGGUAGGUGCACAGACCACCCGGACACCAACUGCUGCGGGCCGAAGCUUGGGUGGGUCUGGAUCUCCAGAGCCCCUGUUCUUCCCCCGAAGAGCCCCACUUCCCCAAUCCAAUGGCCUGCUGGGCUGCUGCUCAAUGCGCGCGCCGCAACUCUCACUCUCAAUGGAACUUCGGCUCCAACAACAGAACCCAUUCACACACAAAGAACCAAUGGCCCAGUACAGGUGACUACUCUCUGCGACCUGCUACAGCAUACGAUAGCCACGAUACAUGCCAUAGUUAGACACCAUCUCUAUGUCACCCCGGCCACCAGCCAAAUGGAAGGCCCCGCGACAGCAGGCUCGAGCUUGACAGGCUUGCCUGCAGCCGUGGCCCGAUGGGAACAGCUCAUCACCCGCGCCAGACUCCAACGUCUCGAUCCCGACCAGUUCGGCAUCUUCUCCAAGAUCCUCCUCGUCAAGCACCCCCUACCGCCCGGCCUCAUCGCCGAGCUCCUCCUCCGGCCCACCGCCGACAACAAUGUCGCCCUCGACCCGCGAGCGCCUCUCUACCUCACGCACCUUAUCAAGCAGAGGCGCGUUGACACCGCUUCCGUCCUCAAAGCCCUCUACAACUACUCAACCAUACACACCAAGAUACACCCACAACCAGAAGACCAACCGUCCAAGGAACGAGAUGCGAGCGCGCCGAGGCGAAAGAAGCUGCAACGAUGGACAUCGUCGUACUCUUCCGAGGCCAUUCUCUUUUGGCGCCUGGCGCAAACAGUCAACCAAGGAAUUGGGAUCAAGAGCGGCAGGGAUGUCGUCGAGACAUCCAGGAUGCUGGUGAGGUGGAUGGCCUUGUUUACCGAGGCUGCGACCAUCUUUUCGCAGGAUGCUUUUGGGAGCAUGCACAGUUUGAAUGCCAGUAAGCUGGAGAUGGAGAGGUCGCGCGAAUCAUUCAUCAUGUUUUUGAAUGCCUUCAGCGCGCACCCAACGGUACCAAAGACGUUUCAGAUUCCAGCAGCCAAAGGCAUCAGGAAACAGCUUUCGCAAAGUUUGGAGGCUUUUCUGCCCUCGAUCAUGCAGGUCAAUCCCUCGAUUGCUAGCCAACUCGACAUGUUCCGAGCACAGAGUCUCGCGACGCACGAUUCGACCGAAAAGAAGGACCCGGCCGUUUCAGACAUGAACAGCUACAUGGACAACGUGAUGGGCUUGGAAAGCUUUCAGGUCCCCGAAGUUCCCAUCGCCAACACCCGAGCUGGGUUAUAUAUCUAUCUGAGCGCUGCACUCGUUGGGCGCCCCAUGAUUGAUGAUGCGGCGCUCUUCACAUAUCUACACAACAGAUAUAGGGGUGAUGUUCAGCAAGCAGCCGUCCAGUUGAUCGUGGCCUCAUUUGACGUCUUGGCGAACGCCGUCUUUCGCAACGAGGGGGCCAAAGCCGGGCAUUUGCUCAAGUCUUUUGUGGUCAACAAGGUGCCACUGGUUUUGGUUUCUCUUGCGCAAUCCUUGCCAUUAUACACGUUCAAUCCCGAGAUUUGCAUCACCGAGGCGUUGGGUCAGGUGGAUACAAACAUCUUCCCGACCUUUUCGGGCAUGUUUGACAUGUCCUCCAACACCGGGUCGUCGUUUCAGGACUCGGUACGACAAGACUUUUGCUUUGCCUGCCAGCUUCACGGGUUGUUGUCCCAGACGGCUAUAGAGAACCUUUUGGGAGACAUUACCUACCAGACGCUGCCGGACGAAGGGCGUUAUGUCAAGGAUAUUCUGGUCCAGUCGUGCCUGCAGGACUCGGACAGGACGCAAAAGCUGAUUGGGGAGUUGGAUAACAUGAAUGGGAACGUGGGGGCGGCUGCGCAGGCGGUGGUGGAGGUGAUUGGCAGUCUCUGUAGAAACACGGAGACGAUGGUUUUGAAGCAGUUGUGCGGCCAGUUGGCGAGCAAGCCGCUGUCGUUGGAUAUCCUGCUGCUCUUCAGUCCGGCGCAAAAGAUUUUGCACCCGCUGCGGGAGCUGAUUGAUCAUUGGGGGGGGUAUGAUGAGGAGCAGGGGGAGUACCAGCCGGUGUACGAAGAGUUUGGGUCGGUGUUGCUGCUGCUGAUGGCGUUUGUGUAUCGGUACAACCUCUCGCCGGCGGACUUGGGGGUGAGGUCGCUGGAUUCGUUUGUUGGGAAGCUGAUUGGGGGAGGGCAUGCUGUGAGGCUGCUUUCGGAUCUCAGUCCGCAGGAGCAUUCGCACCUCAAUGGGUGGAUACAGGGGCUGUUUGCGGAGGGGGGGUUGGGGGAUGAGUUGAUGGCUUCGUGUCCUCCGCAGGAUUUCUACUUGCUCAUGCCGGUGCUUUUCGGGCAGAUUUCGGCGGCCUUGAGCGCGGGGUUCUUGAAUGAGGAGACGCUCAAGAGUGGGCUUGAAUGUGAGUUUCAUUUUCGGUCCGGAAUAUGGAUGAUACUGACUUCGGCAGAUUUGGUCGAGGUCUUUUUGUUGCCCUCGCUGGUUCCAGCCAUUUUAUAUCUGUCCAACCAGCUCUGGGCGGAGGGCCCAGAAGGGCAGAGGUCCAUCAUCAAGAUUCUCCAGCUGCUCAUCCGGCCAAAUUCCAUCUCCAACGAGGCGUCGGCGAUGUUUCAGUCAGUCCUCAACAUUGUCGCCAAACCAUUGGAGCACGCCCUACGAUCAUAUCAACGCUCGGACCCCAAAUCUCAAGAGGUUGAGCCGCUGCUGAGAGCCAUCAAGGAGAACCUCACGGUCUCGAGGCGGACGGGCGGGGCUGACCAUGCCGAGCUUGAGUCGUGGACGACGACGCAUGGUAACCACACGCCUGGGAGUCACCCGAAUGCGACUUCAUUACCGGGUGGUCUAGCAGCAACAAAUCGACCACCACAGGCGCAGCGCCCGGAUGGGGGGAUCUCGGCUGCGGUGAGGCACACUGUUCAGAGCCUGGCGAAUUGGGUCCAGCAAGCGCCGCUGGGGGGGAAUACCACGCCGACGGCCUACACCCACCGCCAGAUGCUUGCUGCGCUCAAGCUGCUCGGGGCAAGGCAGCUUUUGACUGUGCUGCUGGAUGAGCUGAAGACGUUGACGGAGUCGGGGCAGGGGAGCGUGGCGUAUGAUGUGGUUUGUUCGCUUGUCUGCGCGCCGGAUGUGACGAACGAUACCUCGUUGGCUUCGUCUGACACGCCUAACGAUGGGACAGCGGGCGGGGCAGGUGCCUUUGCGGCUGCUCCACCGCCGCCGGUUCAGAGGAGGUUGACGCUGAGGGAGGUGCUCAAGCAUGAGGCGGAUGACUGGAAAAGGAUUCAGAAGCAGGACCCGGUCAUGGCGGAGACGGUGGUGAGGUUGUAUAGACAGGUUGAGGGGCAGAUGGAGAUGCCGCAGACUGCGGUGGCGGGGCUGUUGGGGCAGCAGGAUAUGGUUUCGGGGUUGGGGGUUGUGGGGGGAUGUGAUGGGGAUGCUAUGGCUGCUGCUGCUGCUGCAGUUCAAGGAGUUGGGGAUGGGGUCAGUGUUGUUGAGGGGAUGAGUAUCGAUACGAGUGGGUUAGGGGGUGGAUAAUAAUCAUGAUGGGGGGUUGAUUUGGGGGAGCGCGGGGGAGUGCGAUUGGGGGAGGAGGAGGAGGGGGAUUUGGAUGGGGAUAAUAUCUUUGGGGGUUGCCAACGUUGGUGGGGGGAUUUUGAUGGGGGUUUGGGGGUGGGGGGAUAUGGAUUUGACUUGAGGGUUAUGUCAGAGGAUGGAAGGGGAGUUUAAUAAGGAAUUACCUCAGACAAGGGAACUAUUUGGGGCCGAUGUGUUGCUCUCACAAAUGUUGCUUUGCUGGCUGGCACGGAGUCUGGAUUUGAGGCGAGGUCAGCGAAUGUGUACUUUUGUGUCGUGUUUUUUUUUUUUUCCUUUUUUUUGGAUUAUGGAUGGUGGUAUGGGAAAUGGGUUGAGGGAUGUCUUGGGGUUGUUGCAUGUGUGUGUGUGUGUAUGUGUGACGGUUAUGGGGACUGUUGGAUUUGAUGAGCCUCAUCAUGGUGGUGCCAAUAUUUUACACAUAUCCCCAACCCACUGAAGACACCCAUCUAACGGGAUGAAGACGAGAGUUGUCUGCCUUGCCUGGUGAUACAAAUGCAAUGCAUGUCUCAAAAGCCAUCAGUUCGAGAUCAACAAUGCUAUUCGUACGAGAAACAAAAACACUGCCCGCUCCCGCACCUGCU